UUUGCUUUGAGAGUAAAAAAUAAUAAUAAUCUGUGGACGUUUACUUUGACCUUAACCUUUUUUUUGUCUUUAUCUUUUUUCCUCCUUAAAAAUUCCAACUUUAUUAUAAUUAUUUUGACACAAACCUUUCUUCUUUUCCACCACUUUUAUAUAACAAGAAAAAAUGAAGGACGGAGGAGUAGCUUCGCAGCUAAACACCAGCGGCGGGGCCAACACGUACCGGUACAAGUCGUUUAAUGACCGAUUAAACGAUAUAAAGACAAAUGUGCCACUGCGAAUUGUGCGGGACUUUGAUGAGCCUGAGGAGAAUCAGUCGUAUUUCGCCGAGGGACUCAAAAGACAGGGCGAGUUGAACUGCACGAAGGAUUACACGGAGUUUACUAACCGUGUGGCUAAAUACCAGCAGUCCUUGGCGCAGGUGCUUUACCAUAAGGAAGAUAUUGUGAGCGCGAUGGAGGAGUAUUUGACGAUGGAGCACGAGCUUGUGCUGGAGUCGAUGCUAGACCUUGUCACUACCCUAGCGCGCGACUUGCAGGAGGAGAUCCUGCCUUACUUUGCACGGCUGGUUCAGCGGAUCAUGCAUCUGAUCAAGGUAGAUUCAGCAGAAAUAGUCGAAGCAGCGUGCAACGCGCUCACGUACCUGUUCAAGUACCUGUCAAAGUGGCUGGUCACGGAUUUGCGGCCGACUUUCGACCUCCUGAAGCCGCUUCUCGGCAUGGAAAAGCAAAAACCCAACGUUCGGCGAUUCGCAGCCGAGUCCCUGGCAUUCCUCAUUCGCAAACUCCGGGCCGACUCCCUCCAAGAUUCGUCGCCCACGUUGUUGCUGAUCUCAAUGGCUGCGUGGACAUUAGGAAGGUGGAUUUCCGCGAUGGACUGGCGCUGCUGUUUUUUGAGUGCAUGCGACAGGUCAAUAGCCAGCUGCACUCGCGCGCGGCCGGCACGCUGACAGCGCUGCUGCGCGAAAUGUCCGCCCAGCAACAACAAGAAGAGACGGCGGGUGCGCUGGAGGACUGUGCCGGUUACGUGCUGGUGGUUCUGUGCUUAAGCUCUGCCUGCACCAUGUCCAGCGCGACACUGCGCAGCAGCUGUGGGCAGUGCUGACAAUGGAGUUUGACGCACAUAUGGGGCGUGC